AAAUCCCAUCCUCUCCUUGCCCUUCCUCCCCCAGACAAGGAGCUGAAGAUGGAGACCAGGGAGGACAAAUCCCCGCGGCAGAACCUCGUGGAAGAGGCCGUUUUGAGCGGCUCCGUGGCGCAGGAAUCCGAGGGGGAGGAAACGCCCCGGAGAUCCCGCAGGAGGAGGGACUCCAACCCCAGCCCAGGGUGCUCUGAGGAGGAAAGACCCACCCUGUGCCGGGAAGGCGGCCGGAGAUCCAGCCAGAGCUCUGAGCUGGUGGUCCGUGAGCAGCUUCAUGAUGGGGAGAAGCCCCACAAGUGUUUGGAGUGUGGGAAGAGCUUCAGCUGGAGGUCCCGCCUGAUUCGCCACCAGAUGAUCCACACCGGGGAGAAGCCCUACGAGUGUCCUGAAUGUGGGAAGGGCUUCAGAGACAGCCCUGGCCUGAUCAUCCACCAUCGUAUCCACACUGGGGAGAGGCCCUUUGAGUGUGGAGAAUGUGGCCAGAGCUUCAGUCGGAGCUCCCACCUGACCUCCCACCAGAAGAUCCACACAGGGGAGAGGCCUUACGAGUGUUCCGAAUGUGGGAAGAGGUUUCAGACUAGCUCCCUUCUCCUCGUACAUCAGCGGAUUCACACGGAUGAGAGGCCCUACCUCUGCCUCGACUGCAGGAAGGGCUUCAGGUACAACUCCCACCUUAUCAGGCACCGGCGCAUCCACACCGGGGAGAGGCCCUAUAAGUGUCCCGAGUGUGGGAAGAGCUUCAGGACUAGCUCGGUCUUGAACCAACACCAAUGGAGACACCGGUAAGAGAAGCCCUGCGAGCUCCCCGACUGCAGGAAGAGUUUUGUCCUCUGCUCCGACUCCAUCCCCCUGCAGAGGACCCACAUUGAGGAGAGCCUUGGUGACUCACAUUCCUGGUAAUCCAGGUUGGGAGGACACCUGAGUGGUGGUCUCUACGUCCUCCUGGAUCCCUGUGGGUGCCUGGAUGUACGAUGGAGCAGGAACAUGCAGAUCGACAAUGGAAACUCGUUGGGAAGAACUGAUCUUUUGACUUUGCACCCUAAAAAAUCUGCUCUGUCCAAUUGUUUCUCCUGGUGGCAUUGAGCAAAGCUGGAUGAUCCUUGGAGAUCUUUUCCAACGUAAAUAAUUUCCAUCUUCAUCCCAUCAAAACACUCAGAAUUACGGUAAAAAUAAAGACGUUAAACAAAGCGA